CUUUUCCAAACCUUUACCCUAAUGUCUGUUGAUAUUUCUAGUCUGCCACCCCACAUUAUCGAGCUGAUAAUCGAGUAUACGUCGGGCGUUUUGCGUGGCACAGUCCGUACUUAUGAUAAGAGUCCAACCGGCAUACGUCCGAGCUUUAUGCCGUUUCUCAGCAUUUGUCGGCACUGGCGACUUACUGCUCUACAGCUACUGUACCAGGAAGUAGUAGACGAGACGAAUCUCGGCUUCGCCAUGCUUACAGAGGAUCAUUGCUGGCUUCCAACGCUCCUUACUGCUGUGACUUCUGGUGCCGAAGGGCUUGUAAAGUCUGUCGCCAUGAAUCAUUCGUGCACCGAUAUUCUGAACGGCACAGUAGCUCAACAACUCGCAGCUGGCGCUACUGGAGACGCUGUAUUUCUGAAGCCAGUUGAUUUGCAAGUCAUUUUGACUGGAUUACCUGAUAGCAACUCUGAUAUCGACAGCGCUAUGGCCGCUCAGGAGAUCGCAAGGACAACUGCUCAGCUCAACAGGCUGUUUCCGCAUAUCCAAAGGUGCUAUCUUGGUAUGGAUAUCGGGCCACAGCAUCACCAUAGAAAGCUGCUAAUGGAGUUUGCUGCAUCAAUGGCAUCGAGAGCCGCUUCAGUUACGUUUAUUGACGCAUACUUUGGCCCUGGAGUCUGCGAACUACCAUUCAUUGCCAACUUGGAGAAUAUCACGCUUUUUGACUUAUCCUUGGGCGGGUCAUUCUUUGAGCUUUUAUACCGCAGCGCAGCAACAUUAAAGAGUAUUGAACUGGUCAAUGCUACAUCAGCCGAUUUUUUGCACCUGAUACAGCACGACGGAGGCAGUCUGAUCAUAUACCCCAAUCUUCAGGCCUUAUCGAUUGAACUGGAUGACGAUGAUGUCACCACCCGCUACGAUCUGCCACCAGGAAAGCCGUUUCCAGCUCUAAAGCAUGUCAAAUGCAAGCACCACUACCCAUUCGCCCAGGAUAUUCUCGUUGAACCCAAUACGGAGACGCUAGAGACGAUCACUCUAGAUAUGCCUGAAGCAUCACCCCCCAUUAUCACUCUAGUCGAUGGGCAUGUGCACAGCCAGUAUCCCCACCUACACUGCGUAAACCUUACAUGGGAUUACACCAGCGAAAACAAGUCGGAAGAGUGGUAUGAACAUGCGAUAACCUCGGAAUUCAGCAUUUCGUCACACUUGCAGCAGCUAAUGAUCGACUUCUGGUUUCUGUGGGAUACCGAUUGGGUGCUCACAAUACUCAAAGACUCUAUAUGUGCUGCCAACCUCCGGAUAUUGGACAUUACAACUGUGCGGUUCAGUUACGCUCAAGUAAUAUCACUCAUUGGCUUGCUCCCAAACAUCACCAAGUUGUCCCUAUGCCUUGAUGAUCAUCAAGGCAAUAACUCACUGGAAGAUGAGUACAAUCUUCAUUUGGAUGAAGUGCAAAAGGUUCGCGGUACUCACUAUCCACUUGGCAGGGAUCGUCUUUUUGAACUGGAUGUCAAUUUGGCUAUCGAGACAUCCAAUGAAGCUACAAUCGACAGACUGGUACUGCUUAUCUCACUUAUUCCAUCUCUCAAGCGAGUGUAUGUUUCAUACAGCCUUGAACCAUACCUUGGUGAUAUUAUAGAGACUCUUAUGAAGACACCAAAGUAUGCAGAAUUUGCAGACCACAUACAGAGUAUUAGCUAUUUCUUCAGAUAAAUUUCCAUCAAUAUGCACUUCAUCAAAU